GGAUUGAGUCUAAGUAGCGCUAUUGUGCAUUUUAAAAGUCAUGGCAACUUUUUUUGGAGAAGUCGUAUAUCCAUCAUCUAGGGCAUUUUUUGAUGAUUACGAUGAUAGUGAUGUGGAUAAUGAAGAACAGGAUUCUUCAUUGGAAAAAAAGCCUCUAUUAACGCUUAAAAAAAUAAGUGAUGAUUCUUUAUCAGAAUAUCCUGGGAUUAUAAUUUCUGAUGGCACUGUUUCUACAGGAUUUUCUCAAAUAUAUAUGCAUCAAAAAUCAGAUAAACUUCUUGCUGAAGUUGAAUUUUCCAAAGACAAUGUGCAUAAUUCUGAAGAUGUGGUGAUUAUCAAACAGAAAACAAAUAUAACAUCUAAACUUUACCUUUUGUCUAAUAAUUGCCUCCUUCUACAAGUAUCACCAUCGAUAGAUGUCACUGUCGCUAAUCAACUUACUAUUCUUAUUGCUCCAUGGUUAAAGAAGUGUAAAGAAAUUAUUGUGUUAGCAUCACGUCAUAAUGCAAAUUUUAGAUGUGACUCAAUCAAUGACUUACCCUCUUCUUUCAUAAGAGCACUUUCCACAUCCAAAUAUAUAUUCCCAGUGGUCAUUAAGCACCUGGAGCAACCUAAUUUUAUAUCAGAUUUUCCAGCAUCUGUUUUAAGUUGGUGUGAAAGCCAGGAAAAACCAGGACUGCUGAUAGUUUUGUACAGUGACCAAUCAUAUAUAGAUUCUGUGACAUUGGGUCCUCUUCUGAAAAUGUUUUCUCAAGCUGGGCUUUCUUCUUUUAUUCUCAAUAAGGAACCAACAAAUAUACAUCCCAGGAGUAUCUUAAAGGAUAUGGAUAAAACUUUUAUGUAUAUGUGAUUUUGUUAUUAUUUUACAUUUAUUUUUUAUUUUAUUCUAUUCUUUAAAAGUAUGUUUAUAUUGUAAUUAUUGUUUCUUAAAAAUAAAGUUGUUCAAAGUUUUUUUACGUAAUAA